AUGUACUCAAUCAGGAGCAAACCCAUCACCGAAGAAAUAAAUCACCAAACUCGAACUUGUAGUAACACCGAUCCAAAACAAACAAAAAGAUCACACUCUAACUCCACCGCGUCCACAGACUCGGGGUAUGCAAGCGGAUGGGGUUCGAUUCAUUUCUGUUCAAAGGGAUCAUAUCGACAAAAUUCUUUGUUUAAUGACGAUCAUCCGACAUGCGAGGGACAUCCUGUAGUUUUUGAGUAUGGGGAUGAUGUUAAGGUACUUUAUGUCGGAGAGGCAAAAGUUACAAAUGUGAGAGAACAAAUGGGGAAAUCGAGGGCAAUUAUCAUUGAUUCAUCAUCACGGAGAAAGAAAUUAGGAAGCGCAUAUAGAUAUUGCGGAAGUGGGUGUGACGCUCAUACUCGCAAUAGCUGGAUAUCAGAGAAACCAAAACCGAUACGAAGAGGGAAGAUGGUGAAAGAUGAGCGGGGUCGCAUAGCACCGGUGUAUUGUGAUGAAGGACCUAUUGAUUUGGGAAGGAGAAUUGCUUGGGAAUCUAUUAGGUCUGUUUCUUUGAGUAGGUUUUAUUUUCUGCGGGAUAUUAAAAGAUGUGCUGAUAUGGAAAUAGCUUUGAAGGUGCCGACGAUACAGGCUCGAAGCGGAAUCGAAGGAGGGAUAGAACUGAGUGUGAGGCAUUUAUGGAGUUGGGGUUUUAG